AAUCAGCUGCUGACAAAGGGAAUGGUGAUACUGAGGGACAAAAUGCGUUUCUAUGAAGGUCAGAAGCUAUUGGACUCCUUGGCAGAGACGUGGGACUUCUUCUUCUGUGAUGUUCUGUCCAUGCUUCAGGCUAUCUUCUACCCAGUACAGGGUAAGGAGCCGUCGGUGCGGCAGCUGGCCCUGCUUCACUUCAGGAGCAUUAUCACUCUGAACAUCAAGCUGGAGGACGCCCUAUCCCGCCCCCGCGCCCGUGUCCCCCCCUCUAUCAUACAGAUGUUACUGAUACUGCAGGGUGUCCAUGAGUCUAAAGGAGUGACUGAGGAGUACCUGCGUCUGGAAGCUUUGGUUCAGAAGGUGGUGUCUCCAUACCUGGGAACCCACGGCCUCUACUCCAACGACGGAUCCUCAAUGCAAUACUCCUCCUGCGUACUGGAAAAGCGUCUGCAGCGGUGCUGGCCCAAGUCAGGCGACGCCCCCGUGAAGAACCUGGUGAUGCGCUCCAAGUCCUACAACGUGCCCAUGUUGACGCCUGUGGUGGAGUAUGAUACCGAGACAGGCUCCGUGAGCAGCAUGGGCAUCCGCCGCCAUUCCGUCUGCGAGAUGACUUCCUGUCUGGAAGAAGGCGCCAUCAACGACAUCAGCACCACUUCCUCCCUGGCCUCCGCGGCCCAGCCGGGCCUCUCCUCCCUGGAGCAGGAGCUCAGCCUGACAGGGGUUGUUUGUGGUGGAGGUGGUGGAAGUCUGGAUCUCUGUGGGUCUGUGGGGUCUGAGUCUUUAGGGUCCCACCUCCAGCCCUCCAUCUUUCAGGGCUCUCACUCCCCAGGACCCUUCCUCCACGGCGGGGGGGAGUCGACGGUGUCCCCCUCUGUUCUGUGUCAGGUCCACUCUGGCUCAGAGACGGGGUCGAUCCCCAGCUGUUCCUCCAGCCCGGAGACAGUGGUAGAUCAGAUACUGGACUCUAUGGACUCUGACCCUGAUGGCAUCUUCAUAGACUUCUCCCUCCACAGCUGCUCAGACUCUUCAUCCUCUGGUUACAGCAGGGAGAGUGGUAGACAGAGUGUGGUGUAAUUUGGGGUUUUCUGGUAACUAAUCACAGUUGGAUGAUCUAUGUGAUUGCCUGCUUAUUCACUACUGAUUUCUGGGAAAAUCUGUGACUUGUGAGAAAGUGUCUGGAGAUUUGCAGCCCUAGAGGUCUGAUGAAUCUCAAGGGAUUAUCACACGUACUGACACCAUCUGUACUCCACUCACACCGUCGUCUCUAAAAACACACCGCUCUUUCUAGGGCCUAUUUUUCAUGGAAUAUUUCUACAGUAAAUUCCCUUUUAUUAAACAUUUAUUUUGCUUGA